GAUAUGAAGGUACAUCGCUGUACGUUUCAUCAAGUAACUGUCAAAUUGACAAAUAUUGGUUAGUGUUUUUUAAAGUACACGCAAUCACGGAAUCACGUGAUGGUGGUUUGAGAUAAGCCGAUAGCAGGAUGACCUGCACUCACAAUAUUCUUCUAUUGUCAUGACAUAAACGAUUAAUAAUGUCUCUGUCAAAGAAGCAUGGGAACAAGGUUAACGUCGAUUAUAAAGCACGGCUCGAACAUAAGUUAUAUCUGGCCAGAGAAAAUCCGGAACCAAUAUUUGACGUAUCAGAAUGUGCUUUAAAGAAUGUGCCGUCGGGCAUUUAUUCGCUGUGUAAAGUAUUCAGAAAAAAAGUGCUAUGGAUGCAUAAUAAUAAGUUGACUUCACUUUUGGGUGGAGGUGCCUUAAGCGAUUUGUCUUUACUUGUUGUCUUAGAUAUACAUGGAAACGAAUUUACCAACUUACCCUCGGACAUAAUGUGUCUUUCUUCACUCAAGGAACUUUAUCUACAAGACAACAAUAUAAGAAAACUGCCAAAUGAAAUAGUAUACCUAAGUAAAUUAACAACAUUAAAUGUUGCGAAAAAUAAUUUGAAACAAUUGCCCGAAGCAAUUGGUAAGCUAAAGCUUCUAACUGUGUUAGACAUAAGUCAAAAUAAAUCUCUACAAAAGCUUCCUAAAUCAUUGGGUUAUGCACAACAGUUGACGGAAUUCAACAUUGAUGGGUUAAAUCUAUCCUACCCACCUGAAGAUAUUUUAAAAGGAGGCACAAUAGUAAUUGUAGCAUUUUUAGCGAAUGAGAGUGGUACAGAAUAUUCACCAGAAGAGUCUGUUUCAGAAGCAGAAUUAUCCAGAGACAUAAGUUCUGAAGAUAUGCAAACGCUAUAUCAUAAUAAGAACAAUGAUGUACAGGCAGCAUUACAGAAGCUAGAAAAAAUGAAGGAGCAUCGACAAAAUGCAUUAUUGGAAGUGGAAAAAACUAUUAGGCAACAACAAGAAUAUGAAAUCGGUAUUCAAUCUGUGCUAAAAGAACACAAAAAGAAGCUUCUGAAGGAUCUUGCUUUACAACAAACACAAUUGGAACAGGAACUUGAGAAGGUUCAACAAGAAAGAGAUUUUAACAGAGCACGUCUACUUUCCUACAUUUACAAUGCUGAAAAAGAAGCAGAUAAUGUUAUUAAAGAAUUUUUAAGUACUAGUGAGGCAGAAAGACAGACGCAAGCUGAAUUACUCGAACGAGAAAAACAUGAGGAAAUGCAAAUACUAUCCUCUUGUCAUUCAGAACAAUUUUUGUUUCGAACCAAAGAUACUCUAUUAUCGAUGGAAAAGUUAUUGGAAGAAGAACUUCAUAGAACAAGACAAUUGGAAGAACACAGCAAAUAUAGAGAUUAUGCUGCACAAUCUUUGCUCACAUUAGAAGUAAGAAAUAAUGAUCAUUUAGCACAGAUAGUACAAAAUCAAGAGAAGAACAGACAAAAUUUAAUCGAUACAUUAAGGCAAGAUGAAGUUUUACAAAAAGCUGCCGUUGCGGCGUUACUAGAACGCAGUGAUACACGUUGUUGGAGUAUUGUGCAACAAGUCAACUUGGUACAGUCGCAAUUAGCUGCUUUAACAAACAUCGAAUUGGAAAGAAGGAAAUUAGAAAUUAAUCAACAACUUAAUGAAAUAGCUGAGAAAAGAGUGGCUUUGAGCGUUAUUCUAGUAAGCUUAUUAGAACAACAAAAAACCAGGAGAGACCAGCUUUUGGAAACAAUUAAUAAUAUAGAACAACAACGUUCCAUUGGUGAUUCUAGACGAAGGAGUCAAUUUUGGUUGAUGCAGUAUCAGUCAUUAAUGGAAGCACGGCCUCAAGGCUUAUUAGAAAUGCUGGAACCUACAUUAGUGCGGCACGUUGCAAUAGCUGGAGCAUUACAUUGUUUACCAUUUCUAGCCUCCUUACCAUCGUUAUUACCAGAUCUUAGUGAUGAGCAAUUAAAAAGCAUUGGAAUACAUUGUGAAAAUGAUCGUACAGCUAUAAGACAAGCAGUUGAAAAUUAUAUGGCAGAGGUUAAACUUCAUGAAUGUGGAACACCUGUAACACCUUCUGCACCGCUUGACGAAGCAUGUACAAGUUCAGAUUACCAAGAACAUAACACAAUGCAGACUAUUAAUACUGCUGAAUGUGUAAUUUGCCUUGAUUUACAAUGCGAAGUAAUUUUUCUACCAUGUGGACAUCUUUGUUGCUGUUCAAAUUGUGCAAAUAUGAUUACGUCAGAUUGUCCAAUGUGUAGAAGUAUUAUAGAACGCAAACUUUUUGUAAAUAAUUCUUAGUCGAUUUAUCUUUAAUAUUUUGUUAUUGAUAAUAUGCGUUUAUUGUUUAAGAAUUUAUACAAAGAAAAGUAAGUUACACAAUAGUGUAUUUAUACAUUUUAGAUGUAGAUGUUCCCGUCUAUGAAACUAGCAUUCCUUGAAAAGUAUAACGUUGACACUUGUCCAAUGAAA